CAGAAGCUGCACCCCCAGACAGCUCAUUUCCCCAGCUCCUGCCUCACCACUCAGACAUCUGGUGAGGUCCCUGCGCCGGUUCAGCCAUGGGCUGGGCGCUGAGCAGGGUCCCGCUUGCCUGGGUGUUGGUGGCUUGGGUAAGAGGGGCUGAGCAGUCACAGGAGCUAUCCUCCUCUGCAGGGUUUUCAGAGUGCAAGGCGGCCCUGAAGCUCCCAAGUCUGGAAGUUCUGCCGGGGGGGGGCUGGGAUAACCUCAGGAAUUUGGAUAUGGGCAGAGUCAUCAACCUGGGCUACUCACUGUGCAAGACCACGGAAGACGGAUCUUAUAUCAUCCCAGAUGAGGUCUUCACUAUCCCUCGCAAGCAGAGCAACCUGGACAUCAACUCCGAGAUCAUUGAGUCCUGGAAAGAUUACCAAAGCAUCACCUCUGCCUCCAUCAACCUGGAGCUGUCCCUCUUCUCCUCCAUCAAUGGCAAGUUCUCCUACGACUUCCACCGGGCCAAGACCCACCAAGUGAAAGACCAUGCUGUCACCACCCGAGUGCAAGUUAGGAACCUGGUUUACACUGCCAAGAUCAGCCCAGGGGCAGUCCUGGACAAGGGCUUCAAGAAGCAGCUGCUGACCAUCGCCAGCCACCUGGAAAACAACCAGACACGGAUGGCUGAUUUUCUGGCUGAGGUGCUGGUGCUUAACUAUGGCACACACACCAUCACCUCUGUGGAUGCCGGAGCCUGCUUGGUGCAGGAGGAUCAGAUCAAGGCAACCUUCCUGAAGGACAGCUGGGCCACACGGAGUGCUGUCACCGCCUCGGCUGGCAUGGCCUUCCACAGCAUCAUCAGUGUGAAAAACACAGAGUCCCUGGAUGUCAGCUCUGGCUUCACCAAGCAGUAUCUGGAGAACCGCACCAACUCCAGGGUAGAGAGCAUUGGUGGGACCCCCUUUUACCCAGGCAUUACCCUCAAGACCUGGCAGGAGGGGAUCAGGAACCAGCUGGUGGCUCUCGACCGCUCAGGGCUGCCCCUGUACUUCUUCAUCAAUCCCAGCACCCUGCCAGAGCUGCCCACCCCCAUGGUGAAGAAGCUGGCCAGGCACGUGGAUAUGGCUAUCCGCCGCUACUACACCUUCAACACCUACCCAGGCUGCACCGAUGCCACCUCGCCCAACUUCAACUUCCAUGCCAAUGCUGAUGAUGGCUCCUGCGAGGGUGCCAUGAACAACUUCACCUUUGGGGGAGUCUUCCAGGAGUGUACCGGGCUGGCCGGCCCUGACACCAGCAUGCUGUGCCGGGGGCUGGAGCAGAGGAACCCCCUCACUGGUGCUUUCUCCUGCCCCACCACCUACACUCCAGUGCUGCUGGGCGCGCAGGAGCGGGAGGAAGGCCAUAGCCAUCUGGAGUGCCACAACAAGUGCAUCCUGGGCAUCUUCUGUCACCGCGAGUGCCAGGACAUCUUCUGGCUCUCCCGGGUGCAAUUCAGCGCCUACUGGUGUGCCCCGAGCGGGCCAGUGGCCCCAAGCUCAGGAUACCUAUUUGGGGGGCUGUUCAGCACCCACAGCACCAACUCCAUCACUGGUGCUCAGUCCUGCCCCUCAGGGUACUUCCCACUGAAGCUCUUCGAUGAGCUCAGGGUGUGUGUGAGCCUGGAUUAUGAGCGAGGUGGCCAGUACGCAGUGCCCUUCGGGGGCUUCUUCAGCUGCCAGGCAGGGAACCCCUUGGCGGGGCAGCACCAGGGCACUGCUGAGGACCCCCAUGCCAAGAGCUGCCCCCCAGGCUUCAGCCAGCACUUGGCACUCAUCAGCGAUAGCUGUCAGGUGGAGUACUGCGUCCAGGCUGGCAUCUUCACAGGGGGCUCACUGCCACCUGCCCGUCUGCCACCCUUCACCCGGCCCCCUGCCAACCUGCCAGCCAUCGACACUGUGCUGGUGAGCAGCAAGGACGGGGACAGGGCCUGGGUCAGGGAUGGGCAGAGCCACACGUGGCGGCUGGCGCAGCCAGAAGAGAUCCAGCACGCGGCAGAGAUGGUGAGGGGCCAGGUGCUGACAGGGGGCAAGGUGGCUGGCAUCACUGUGGCAGUCCUGGCAGGGCUGACCACCAUCCUGGCGACGAUCUGCUACAGCCACCGGAGGUACAAGGUGAGGGGGUACCGCGCAAUGGGUGAAGGGGACAGCCUAGCUGCUGCAAGCCCCAACAACAGCACUGUGCUGACCGUGGGCGAGGCGUACCAGGAGCAGCCAGUGGGACUGACAGCGUAAGAGCCUCCCCCACUUUCCAGGUGAUGCCUUGCGCCCCAAACCCAGGCAAAGCCCCCUGCCCACGCCCCUUUCCAGGGGCAAAGCUGCGCAGCACCCCCAGCCCCCUACCCCUGAAACCAAAGGUCUGUGUCACCACGAAGGCCCCAGCCUUGCCCCUCCAUUGAGGGUACACAUGCUCUUGCCCUCCACUAGAUCCCCAGGCUCCAGCCUCCAGCACCUGGAAGGCUCUGUGGUCCUUCAGACGUCCCUCCCCAGCUGACUGAGAGGCUAACUCCCUGGGCCAACCCAUUAUCAGGACACACCGCAAUACCCUUCUGCCAGCCCCUGCACCUCCACAGCUCCAUCUCCUCCCUCCAGACCGUCCUGGGACGCUGCCCCUUCAGAGGUCAGCAAGUCACCCCUUCGCUGCAAGCCAUGCCCCAGCUGCCUCUCCCCCUCAAAACCAAACAAGGGGACCCAGGGCCCUUCAACAAGCCGCUGGGAACACUGAGGUGCCCAAGGAGAAGGAGAUCCUGAGCACAGCCAUCUUCCCCCUGGGCUGGCCCCAAAGAGCCAGGGGAAGCUGUACAACCUCCCCCGGCACACGGGAACACCAGCAGGGCUUAAGCGUGUCCACCAUAGAGACAAACCAUUGCUGCUUUGAAAAACACGGGGUCAGGAUGCAUGCUGGGGCCCAACUCCUGGGAGAAAAACCCCAGCCCCCUAAGCCCAGAGAAGACCCCCCAGCUACUGCAGGCACCCAGCACCAGGACAGCCAUCACCAGCAACGCUUCGCCUCACCUCGCGGGGAAGGAGGGAGCAGAGGGGUCCCACGGAGACACACAUGGUUAGCCACUGACCUCUGCCUGCUGCAACUGGAGGGCCAGCCCCGUCUCCAUGUAUAUCUAUCAGGAUAGAUAUACACACGCAUGCAGAGAGGCACGGAUCAAUUUUAUUUCAGCCAGCAACUAAUUGCGUAGGCAAAUGGCAUUAAAAAAAGACAGGAAAAAAAAAAAAA